AUAACAGAUCGCAUGCAACAGGUUCGUCACAUCUUAGGAGGCAUCGUUUUAGCAUCGUCAAAUAGGCAGCAUGGUGAAGCGUGUGGCAGUGAUCGGUGCAGGGAGUUCGGGUCUGGCCUGUAUUAAGUGCUGUGUGGACGAGGGCCUGGAGCCUGUGUGCUUUGAGAGCAGUGAUGACAUCGGGGGACUGUGGAGGUUUAAGGAGAAUCCAGAACCGGACCGGGCCAGUAUCUACCACUCCGUCAUCAUUAACACAUCUAAGGAAAUGAUGUGUUACAGUGACUUCCCCAUUCCGGCUGACUUCCCUAAUUUCAUGCACAAUUCCCUCAUUAUGGACUACUUCCGGAUGUACGCAGAGCACUUCCAGCUCAGACGCUUCAUUCGUUUUCAGACGAAGGUCCUACAGGUCACACCAAGGCCAGAUUUUUCCCACUCUGGCCAGUGGGACGUGGAGAUUGAGUGUGCAGACGGGCAGAGGGAGAAACAUGUGUUUGAUGCUGUCAUGGUCUGUAUAGGACAUCACUGCUACCCAAACAUGCCGCUCAAGGACUUUCCAGGCAUAGACACGUUUAAAGGAAAAUACUUCCAUAGCCGAGACUACAAAACCCCAGACGAGUGGCGCGGGAAGAGAGUGGUUGUGAUUGGAAUUGGGAAUUCUGGAGGGGAUAUCGCUGUGGAGCUCAGCAGGGUGGCCAAGCAGGUUUUCCUCAGCACUCGAAGGGGUUCAUGGAUCUUAAAUCGAGUGGGACCAAAUGGCAUUCCUUUGGACAUGACCUUCAGCAGGCUGACAGAUAUGUUGAGGCAUACACUGCCCUUUGAUUUCCUCUGCGGCGUUGUCGAGAGUCAACUCAACAAAAGGUUCAACCAUGAGCUGUACAGGCUACAGCCUGAGCACAGAAUUUUCAACCAGCACCCGAUGGUGAACGAUGACCUACCCAAUCGGAUUCUCUCGGGCACGAUCGCAGUAAAGCCAAACGUGCAAAAGUUCCAGGGCUCUAGUGUGGUAUUUGAAGAUGGCACUGUUGAAGCUGACAUUGACCUGGUGGUAUUUGCUACAGGUUACACUUUUGGCUUCCCCUUCCUGCCCUCCAGUGUUCUUUCUGUGUCAGGAAACAAAACCUCCCUGUAUAAGUACAUGCUUCCCCCUGGGCUAGAGCACCCCUCCCUGGUGGUGAUUGGACUCAUUCAGCCUCUGGGGGCAAUCAUGCCCAUAUCGGAGAUGCAGGCGCGCUGGGCUACACGCGUCUUUAAAGGGCUGAAUAAGCUUCCAUCAAUGAAUGACAUACUCAAAGACAUCAAAGCAAAGGAGAAUGCCAUGGCUAAGAGGUAUGUGCUGUCCCAGAGACACACCAUUCAGGUGGACUAUAUCCCCUACAUGGACGAGCUAGCGCGGCAAAUAGGUGUGCGUCCAAAUGUCCUCUCCCUGCUUCUGCGGGACCCAAAGUUGGGUCUGAGUAUCCUGUUCGGUCCCUGUACUCCAUACCAGUUUCGGUUGUGUGGGCCUGGCCAGUGGAAAGGAGCACGUCAAGCCAUCCUCACACAGUGGGACAGGGUCGCUCAGCCCCUGAAGACGCGAAGUGUAAAGGACAAGGAGUCCAGUCACUCCCAUCUCCGUCUCCUCCUCCCUUUGUCUGCGGCUGCACUGCUCUCCGCUGUGUACUACAGGGGGGCCAGUCUCGCCUCUCUCCUGCCUGACCCUGCUGUGGUCCUGGACAGGAUAAGGGCUUAUCUACCCCUGCCAACCCAGUAACACAUUGACCUGCCUCACCUGUCUCAACCCAAUGACGCAUUUACCCGUCUCUCUUAUCUCCACUGACGCAUUCACCUGCCUCUCCUGAGUCACACCCACAAACACAUUUACCCCUCACCUGUCUCAACCCAAUGACACGUUCACCUGCCUCUCCUGAGUCACACCCACAAACACAUUUACCCCUCACCUGUCUCAACCCAAUGACACGUUCACCUGCCUCUCCUGAGUCACACCCACAAACACAUUUACCCCUCACCUGUCCUGAGCUCUAGCUUCAGCGUUCUUGCCCUAAGUGAUACAGCUAGUGAUCUCUCUCCCAGACCCUGUUUUUCUGAGAGCUUUUGCCAAAAUAAUUGUUACAUUUGCAUUUAAUAUAUGAUUACUUGCCUAUAAUUUUUGAAGUUAUGCAUCUAUGUUCUAAAAACUCUACAUCAAAUUUUAACUCUAUGGAUACUGCUUUCAGAAACACAUUUCAUUUAAUGUAUUGACUGAGAGGAUUUUUUGGUAAUUCUAACAAUUAAUUAUGUGUCGAACUCAUGAAAUCUUCACCGUUGAUGUCAAACUGAACAUUAGAGCAGUAGCAUGUUUUUGAACGGUAGAGACAGUCAAGACUGAUCAGGCUCUGAACAGUGCCAAGCCUGCUGUUGUAUCAGACACGCUAAUAAUACUUUUCUGAUAAAGUGACACUGAUAAAGUGCCUUUAAUACUUUUGAUACUUUGAUGUAAGUAUUAAUUAAUGCCUUUUCAAUAAAGUCCCAAUACAGUAAAGUCUCCAUAUCUUAAAA